AUGAUCGCCCGAUCUCCUAAUCCGCUUAAAGACUGGUUCGCCCGAUCUCCUGAUCGCCGUAACGCGGAUCAGCCUCGGUCUGGAUCCCUAGGAGGCUUUAGCUCCGUGGUCUCCAAACCGGAUCUGGCUGUAAGCAACACGUUUCUUCGCCUCGAGGGGGGGGACGCUUUUGGCAGAUACUCUCCCCUGCGCAUUGAUUACCGCCCAAAUCUGGCGAUUAGCUGCCACCGCAUCUCUUCCCUCCAAGUUGGACGGGCCGGUGUCCGGUUUACGGUGUCCAGCAGAAGCUGUAUCGGCCACUCACAGCACCCUUGCCGGGUCCGCAUCAGUUGGCCUGGCGACAAUUGA